AUGGUUGCUAUCAGAAUAUUAGUAAUAUUCACACUCAUACCUACAAUACUAUCACAAUGUACCGUGGAGAAAGCUGAACCUUUAUUCAGAAGAUCAGUUUAUGAGUUCUCAGUGAAUCUAUUAUCAAGAAUCGCUUUAGAAAAGGAUAAUCAUUUCGUGACAUCGACGUUUUCUAUAUGGGUAUUGCUUUCCUGCGCGUCGCUAGGCGCUUCGGGCGGGACACUGCAAGAACUGAAGCAAGUAUUACAGUUGAAUGACAACAAAUGCUUCAAUAAUAAAUACAUGAAGCUAGCCAGUACAGUGACAAGCAAUAAUGAUACUGAUGUCAUAUUAGAACGUAGUGCCUUAAUAUUUGUUGAUAAAACAAUAUCAUUAUCAGAUUUCUACAAAGCUAGACUAAGUAUGACAUCAAUUGCUGAUGUUGAAACAGCGUCCUUUGAUAAUCCAGAUGUAGUUGCGUACGUUAUAAACGAGUAUGUGAGACGAGCUACUCAUGAAACUAUAGAAGAUAUAAUAACUCCAGCAGAUUUGGAAAACUCUUUAAUUGUGAUGCUGGAUGCAAUCUUCUUUAAAGGUAUUUGGAAGACACAGUUCUCUGUCGAAGAUACUGAAGUUAGCGCGUUCUAUAACGACUUGGGUGAUUCGAUCGGCGAUGUGAACCUUAUGUUCAUUAGUUCACAGUUCAGAGUCGGUAUAAUCAAACAGAUUGACGCUCAGAUAUUGGAACUACCCUACGGAGACAGCGAUAGAUAUUCCAUGAUCCUUUUCCUUCCAUUGGACGGCGUGCCCCUAUACAACGUGAUCAGCAACCUCAAAUCUAUCAAUUUAGCGUCAAUAAAGAACUUCCUAAACAUCGAUCCUAUAACAGUACAGGUUCAAAUCCCUCGUUUCGAGAUUUCCUCUGAUCUAAACAACUUGAAGGAGCUCAUGAUCGACAUGGGUUUGAAGACUAUGUUUGAAGACCGGGCAGACUUUUCGUUUAUGUCAGAUUUCCCGCUACACAUAUCUAAUUUCAUACAGAAAGCUCAUAUAGAGGUUACAGAAGAAGGUACUGUGUCAAGUGCGUCUACGCUAGACGAUUUUUCAUUCAGGAGUAUGCCUUACCAGUUUAUCGCCAACAAACCAUUCCUAUACAUGAUUGUCGAUAAACAAGUUGAAGUGCCUCUCUUCAUGGGAGCCUAUUCGAAGCCAUCCUUGUAUUAA